CGCAGAAGGCCAGCCAUGUCCCGGCCAGGGCUCCUGCUCCUGCUCUUGCUGCUGGCACCGUCGCCAAUGCAGCCCUCCUUGCUGCCACCGCCGGACACCCCAGAGGGCAAGACCACCAUCACGGGCCUCAUCCUGUCUGCGCUGGACAGAGCCACGUCCUUCCUGAAGAAGAGGCUGAGGGAAAUCAACCUGGAUGGUGUGGUGGGUUUCCGGGUGCUGGAAGUGCAGCUCAAAGGUGCUCAGGAGAAGUGGUCCCAGGACCCCCGGCUGCAGCCGCUCGGCAUGCACGUGGGGAAGCUGGCGGAAAAGCUGGCUCCUCUCCUCCACAGAUCCAUCUUCUACCUCAACCUGAGUGACCCCAAGUACCUAAGAGAGUUCCAGCCGACCAUCGAGUCCGGGUUUUGGAAGCUCCCACACACCUGGACCCACACCAAGGCCUCCAUGGUCUACCCCACAUUCGAGCAGCAGGAGUCCUUCUCAGAGGAGCACAGUGACUUGUGCCUGGUGCAGCUGCUGGGAAGCAGGAUGAACAGCAGCCAGCCCUGCAGGCUCUCCGAUUUCUGCAGGACCCUCAUGACCAGGCCCGGCUGCUCUGGCUACUACCUGUCCCACCAGCUGCUCUUCUUCCUCGUGGCCAGAAUGAGGGGAUGCACGAAGGGGCUAUUCGGCCAGAGCCAGCACUACAUGAACCUCUUCUGCGCCAAUAUGAUGGACCUGAACCAGAGAGCUGAGGCCAUUGGAUAUGCCUACCCCACCCGGGACCUCUUCAUGGAAAACAUCAUGUUCUGUGGAAUCAGCGGCUUCUCUGACUUCUACAAGCUCCGGUGGCUGGAGGCCAUUCUCAGCUGGCAGAAGCCGCAGGAAGGAUGCUUUGGGAAGCCAGCUGCUGAAGAUGAAGAAUUACCUAAAGCCAUUCAGUACCAACAGCAUUUUUUGAGAAGAGUGAAGAGGCGAGAAAAACAAUUUACAGAUGGCUGCUCCUCCCACAAUACAGCCAUGGCUGUCGCGGCCCUGGGGGGCUUCCUCUACGUCCUGGCGGAAUACCCCCCAGCAGACGGAGAGCUGCAGCCGUCCACACCGACUCCACCCAAUGGCUACUGACAUGGAUGGUUCCACACCAGGAAGAUGAAAUGCACACCUUUAGUCCUUCCUUCCUUAAGUCCCAGGGCCUGGCUCACACCCUGCGGAGGAGGCAGCUGAAUCAAAACAACCCAGCAUCAUCCCCUCGGGGAGCAGGGCUGGGGAGGUGGGGGUGGGAGCAGAUGAAUAAAUUUAGAGUGCAGUUGAGUGGGGCAUUGGGUCUUGUUUCUCAGCCUUUUGGACAAUUUCUAGGGCUCUGUUUUGAGUCUUCAACCCCACCAGCACAAGUUCUAAGAAGAUCCAUAAACUUGAGUCUUCAAGGCAAUUUGUUCAGAUGUCAACUGGUACAUCCUUCCCAGGGAGAGAAAGAAGGGUCUCUGAAAAUAAGUUGUGACCUAGAACUCGAAAUGUAACUACCAAAGACACCACGGAAAGCCUUUAUAUCCCGUGCAGAGAGCGCUACCAUAUCCUUAUGUGCAUCAUGUCAUGUUGCAAAAGGCAGUGCAACAUGUGAUUAACAGUGUGGUUCUGUGCCCAGGCUGCCUGAGUCCAAAUCCCAGUUGUCCCACUAAUUAGCUCUGUGUCCUUGGGCAAAGUCAUUUAGUGUCCCCGUGACUCAGUUUCCCCAUCAGUACAAUUGGGAUAAUUACAGCACCUAUCCCAAUAUUACCUCCACAGCUGUGAGAGUUAUGUCUGUAGAGUACUGAGAAUGGUACCCAUAAUGUAGUAGGGGCCAGGUAAGUGUUACCUGCUCCCACAUAGUGAUGAUGUCACAUUCCGUGGGAGCUUGUCCCGAAGCAGUGGAGGGGGCAGCUGACUCCUCAACAUUUCUCUCCUUCCCAGCUUGCUGCUUUUCCCUCCUGUUCUGCUUCAG